GCAACAAGCAAACACACACCAUAUAAAGUGCAUGUGCACACACACAAAUGCAUGCGCAGACUCACACACACGGACAAAAGCAUAUCUCAUUACCAUCUUCCUGAUAGUGCAGCUAGUGGGUGUUGCAAGAGGAGGAGGGAAGGAGAGCAAGACAGUGAGCUUCCGAGAGGGAGAGAGAGAGGACAGGCAGAGAGCCAGAGCCAGCUUUAUAGAGAGGGAGAGCACAAACACUCAACAAGAUUGUAGGAGAUACGUGUGGGAACAGCAACACACUGGAUAGAGACAGAGCAGGGUGUGCAAAACUAACGUGUCCGAGCCUGUCGGUCUGUGUCUGUGUGUGUGUGUGAGCUCUGUGUGUUUCCACGGUUCUCCUGAGGCCGUGGCAGCCAUGGCGUCAGAGCCCAGCACCCAGUCCAGGGUGAUGUUCCAAGCAGCGGACAAAACAGAGGAGCCGCCGCACCGCAAGCUGGGCAAACUGACAGUCAAAUACAACCGCAAGGACCUGCAGAGGAGGCUGGAUAUCGAGGAGUGGAUCGACGGGCAGCUGCACCUGCUGUUUGACUGUGAGGAGGAAGAGAUUCCAGAGUUAGAGAUUGACAUAGAUGAGCUCCUGGAGUUGGCAGACGAGGGCCAGAGAACACGCCUGCAGGAGCUGUUGCAGGAAUGCGGAAAGCCAAAAGAGGAUUUUAUCAACGCGCUGCUCUACAGGAUAAAGGGUCUACGCAAAAUGUCAGGUCCCUUGAAGAAAUAAAUAUAGGUCAAAUAAAGAAAUGAGACAAUGUGGAUGGAGCCUCUUAUCUUCCCAUCUCCCAUGCGUAACAUGUGAGGGACUCUUCCUGCCCUCUGCACUCCCUCUCGGGUCAGCAUCAGUCUUAACAGGGCAGUCGGCUUUUGAAUGGAUUUUAAAAAUGUGUAUUUCACUUUAAAUGACCGACUGCUAUAACAUGUUGUCUCCCAUAGAACAUACCAUUAAUGCACACAUGUGCUAAAAGUUGUACUAUUACUAUGUACUAUGUACUUAUUUGUGUAAGACUGUACAUUUUCUGUUGCCUAUUUAUGUACAUAACUAUUUUCUUUCUGUUAACAGUGUUGUAUGUCAAAAUAAAAUGGAACAUUUUCAAGA